AUGACUGCUCUCGCCUCCGUUCGGGAUUCCCUACUCACGAAAACAGAUGUGGAGCCAGGCCAGCUCACUGAUGAGAAUGACAACUCUAACGCCAACUCCCGCACCACGACACUGGAACAUUCGAAGCUGAAGAGUUAUAAACUCCGCGGAUUCCCCCUCCGUGCAAUUGCGGCGGUUUUGGGUCCUCUCGUCGUGCUGGCUUACUACGUCUUUAUAUGCCGUCUGCUUCGGUCGAGGAAUAAGGCACCGGGCAAGAUCCUGUAUGGUUAUUCCAGCGAGCAGUGGAUUCACUACUCCUGGUUCGUCGUGGGUGUUUUUGGCUUAAAUUUUUCCAAAUACGGCCUCCAAGGUGUUGAGGCCAGCAUGCUACACGAACGCCGGUGGCAGGCCAAAAAUACAAUGAAGUUGUUGAUGCAUUGUGAAAGCGCGUGGAGCGGACCUGGAGGCUGGCUCAAAUGUGGCAAGGCUUUUAUUCAGCGGAAAGAGAACCCAGCUGGAAAGCUAUGGUACGCACUGGCUUUCCUGAGCGUCUGCCCCUUUAUCGCACUCCCGCUCUCUAGGUUAACCUUGGAGCUUAGCGAGGGCUACGUCCAAUUUAACGAGAGGUCGACCAUGUCCUCCCCCCCGAUAGUCAUCGGACACACGCCGGACAAUUUUAAUCAGAGACCCAGGACAACAGCCGAACAGGACGCAUUCUGGAAAACCGGCUUCCCGCCAGCCAUUCCAGGAUUUGGGCUUGUCUAUACAGACCCUCAUGUUCAGCGUGAUUCCUUUCCGUUUCUGAGGGAGAUCCCCAAUAUACUGGCGUCCGACAUCUCGGAAGGUAAUCCCGAUCUAUUUCUUUCGCCGCAGGUAGCUGUCCCCAUUAGCGGAAAUACGUGGGGUCUACGUAUCGGGUAUAACUGCUCUAUAGUCAAGUCCUUUUCCGAAUUCACAAUUCUUCCCCGGCGGCCAACAUUUCGUCUCUCCCCCACCUCUUUUUACGGUGGCCAAGAGCUCCAGCCUGACGGUGGGAAUGAUAUGAUCAUUGUUUUCCAUAAUGGAGAUACAGAUAAGCAAUCGAAUAUGAUGGCUCAUGCAGAAUUAGGCUGGGAACACCCAGGAGUAUACGGCAGCCUCACCGGGACGGCGAUGCUACAAAACACGAGUGGUUUUGGCCUUCGACCCAGCGUCCUCGAGUAUGCACUCUGGCAGAGAUUGUCUUUUGUCGGAUACAGCCUAGGAGAAAAUCUGCCCUUCAACAAAACCAUCGUAUCACCUAUUGAGGAUGCUCCGAGUCCCUAUUUUCAGACGGAAGACGGCAGUGUCCACAAGAAUGAAACGUUUUUCCGAGCCAAGUCCAGUGAUUUUGAUGGAGACGAUAGCAACAGUACGAUUCUCAUAUCACGCAGUCUCGUAUCGGACCCCUCAAGCCUCCUCCGUAGUCACAUUGCCCCUCCUAUUGGCGUUCGUUGCGUCCACCACUCGAAGCUUGGCUACGCCGAUAUCGACUGGGACGGUACCUUUCGCUCCUUCAACGAGUCGUGGGUCCUACCAAUGACUUACAGCCACGGGUCCGGAACCCAAUUUGCGCUCGGUUUAAUCGCUUCAACCCCCGUGGAGAAAAUCCAAGAACUGUUAACCUCUACCAACUCUCCGCCGCCUCUCGGCCUUGCCCACGGGGUCUACUACCCAGGCUAUAUCCAAGCCGAGACGCCCUACAGCGCCGCCACGAAAGCCCAUGCCUGGAAUGCCAUUGCGCGCCCACGUACGUAUGACAACACCCACACCCCCGAGCCCGCCCAGGCCCCCCCAAACACCACAGGCCCCCGGCUGAGCAAGAUUAUCGUCCCUGGCGACGUCCCUCCCAUAGUUCCUUUAUUUUUCUUCGUGCCGUGGGCAGUGGGCAGUUUGUUGCUCGGCUGCACGUACGGGUUUCGGCGCCGCUGGUCGGAGACUCUGGAUGGUCAUAGCAUGUUUCGGUUCGGAGCAGAUUUUUCUAGCGAGAUUCGCCGGGAGCCGGAUUUUGUGUCUACGAGAGGGUUUGCGCAGUGCGAGUCACUGCGUCGCUUGCCUGGCUUAGUUGGGGAUUCUCAGCCAAUGAUGGAUAUUGGCCAUAUUUCCUUGGUGAAUAGGGUUAAAGGGAAAUGGGGCAAGAAAGGAUAA